GUCUGAUGCUGUCUGAAGAAUACGUUUCAUCUUAAAGGCCCAGGAGGAAACUGUGACCUCUCUGCUCUGAAAACACAGUAGGAGUGUUGGAGGAAGUCAAAAGUCCGCCACAAGAAGUCGUAGAGGUAUGGCACACACGGACUGACACAUGGAUACAUCUACGUUUAUGGCUGAUUGAUAACCCUUUGUGAUGUAGCCAAAGGAUACAGUACCAUCUCACCUGUUCUGCUGUUGGAAGAUGGCCACUGCAGCGGAGGACCCCCACCUGGGCUCAGGCCCUGAUGAGGAUGACGUGUCUCUGUCGGGGAGCGAGUCCGAUUCAGACAGCAUCCUCUCUGAUGACUCUGUGCUUCCAGAGCACAUGCCGGAGAUAACUAAGGGGCGUGCGGCAUCAACACUGUAUCAAGCAUGCGCUCGUAAUGAACCCGUCUCUCUGCGGAAGGUUCUGGAGAGAGGCGUCACAAAAGAGGAGGUCAUGGAGCUGGACAACAAUAGCUGGAAUGGCUUGAUGGUGGCUUGCUGCAAAGGUUUUGUGGACAUUGUAUAUGGGCUUCACAACUGUCCCUUUAUAGACAUAAAUCACCAGGACAAUGAAGGCAACACUGCUCUGAUGAUUGCAUCCCAAGCAGGUCAUGUCAACACAGUCAUGUACCUCCUAAACUACUAUCCUGGUGUAGACACUGAAAUAAAGGAUUGUCGAGGUUUCACAGCCCUCAUCAAAGCUGCUAUGACCGGCCGCAGUGAUGUCGUGGCUGCCCUUGUUAUGGCUGGGGCUGACAUACAUGCUGUAGACUCCACAAGAGGAAAAUGCGCUCGGCAAUGGGCACUGACUACAGGUCGUUAUGAGACUCGGUAUCGUCUCCGGCGCCUUAAUAUGCGGCCAAAAGCUGAGCAGUUCUGUGAGAGUUAUGUUCCUGAGUGGCCUGAGCUCAAGGAGAGGGUAGCCAAGGCCACAGCUGAGAAAAGUGCCACGGAAAAAAUUACCCAGCAUAUCAAAAACAGAUUCGGAUUCAGAUUUCCUCGUGACCCCCAAGACAAUGGGUGCUUGGACCACAUGGUGCGCAUGACCACCAGUGUCCACAGUCCCCUAAUUUCAACUGGAUGCCAUCCACUCUGCCCUACGAGCCCUCCUGAGGUGGGGAAGAGGCGCCUGGCUGUGCCAGAGCUGGUGAAGAAACACCCAGAGAAGGUAUUAGAAGAUAGCUCAGUGUGCCACAGUAACGGCUCUGUAUCACACAUCAUUCCCACAAUCCACUCCACAGAGUCCAUCGCUCCAAUGUGCUGUGCCGACACGAUGCGGCGAGGCAGCAUCCUCUCAUUGGCUUCCACCAAAGUUGCUGCUACAUUUAUUCCCCGGAGUAUGGCAAGAAGGAACAGCGUGUUCCCCUCGGGCUGCAUACCAAAGAUCAACGUCAGCAGGCCUUCAGAGCCAACGCCGAAGAAAGAAAAGAAGAAGAAGAAAAAGGAAAAGGGCCUCCUGGAACCACCCAAGUGGAAAUACAAGGAGAUCAAGGAUGAGAAAAAGAAGGAGAAGAAGAACUCUGAGAAAGAAAAGGAAGAGAAAGAGAAAAAGGAGAAAAGAAAACAAAAAGACAACAAGAAGGCCAAAAACUAAGAGUUUCAAAAAAUGGCUAUACGAAAAGUUCUGAAUGAAUCAUCCCUUUUGGGAACAUUAUGCUCUUUAAGAAUGUGUUCAACUCAGGGCUUGAAACUUUCCAACCAAAUAUCUUGGAAAUAUUCAGCAAAUAUUGAACCUAAAGAGAAAAUAGGUAAGAGAGGAGAUCUUUUUUUCUUCCUCAAACGAGCCCUGCAAAGAGGCAAAGCUUUUAGCCUCUAAUGUCUAAAAGUUGAGACGCAUAUUACAUAUAUUUUGAGUUAGGAUAGAAAAAAAGUUUAUUUUUCCAUGAAUAUAUUCAUUUAUUUGUAGUAUCAAAUAAGACUAAAAUUACCUUAUUAAUGAUUAUGGUACAAUGCAUGAAACCCAUGUUUACUGAUUCAGUUUCACAGAAGCAUUUAUGGUAUCUACCUCAACAUUCACAUGAAACACAGACAGGCAGGCACAUACUGCACUUUUUGUAUACCUGCAUACCCAUGCCCUAUGCAAGAUGUAAAUACAGACACACAUAGCUAUAACAUAGCCUAUUUGUAUUGUUAUGUAAUAUUGUUUUAUGUGUUGAAUUUGCUGCAAGUUAUUUUUGUAAAUAGCUAGCCAAAAAUCAGUUGUAAAUACUGUACAGUAUGUAGCAAACAUGAAUCACAAUGGAGGAUCUGUUUAAUCCUCUAGUUCUAAGUUCUACGUUUUAUUGCCAUUAUCUGAUAUUGCCAAUAACAUAUUCAUAUGAUAUUUCCUGAUUUUAUUAACUCUGAGUGCAUGGAUUCAAUGUGCUUGACAUUACAAAUAAAUAUAGGACAGAGAACGCUGCAA